UGGACAACUAAUAUCAUUGAAUAUCAGUAUUGAUGUCAGUGAGCUAUGCGUUGGUGAAUAUCCUAAUAAUACAACAGUUAAUAUACUGAAUAUCAAUAACAAGAUACAAGAUAGUACCAGUAUACCAACACAAGUUAAUGAUCAACUGAUGAUUACUGGAGUAAUAACUGUACCUAAUAAUUUAAAUACAUUUAUUGUUAAUGUAUCACUGAGUAAUAAUGGAGGAGAAUAUCUACCUACACCUUCUUUUGGAUUUGGUAAAGUUGGUCCAGUUACUAACAUUGACUCUUCAAUUGACAACUGUUCUACUAUUGAUAUAACAUGGACUGCUCCUACAGUUGAUGAUAGAGUAUCUAUACUGUAUUACACACUAAGAAUAUAUGACGCUAUUACUGGUAGUCAAGUGACUAUUGUAUCAGUAUAUGAUACCAGUUAUCAGUUUGAAGAUAAUAAUUUAUUUAUUCAUCGUUAUACAUAUGUUAUAACUGGAGUUAAUGAAUUAGGAGAAGGAAUAUCUACUAAUGAUACAUUCUCAUAUCAAAGAGUACCAAGAUCAGUUGAAGAAGCUGCUUCAGAUAUAAUAACAUAUCAUCAAAAUACUGCUAUUGCUUCCUUUAAUAUACCAAUUACAUUGGAGUGUACUGGUGAAUCUCCUGAGAAUGUUACAGUUACUAUACAGUGUAAUGGAACUGGUGUUGUAUAUGAUGAUACUACACUAGUGGAAUAUGCUAAGGAACCAAUGAAUAUAACAGGAUCAGUACCAACACCACUAAAUGAACAGUGUAAUAUCAGUAUUGUAUUUAGUAAUGAGGCUGGUAGUAGUGAACCAUUUAUACUAGCAUUUGAUACCAUUCCUAUAAUUAAUCCUACACCACCACCUACUAGUACUAAUACAACAGCUACUCCAUCACCAAUAAUAACUAGACCAGUAGUUAUUGGAGCUAUUGCUGGUGGUAGUAUUGCUGUACUACUGAUAAUAAUAAUACUGAUAGUAGGGAUGGGUAUAUACUAUAAGAAGGGAAAAAAGAAGAAAGGACAACUACUUCCUGAAAGGGUACAAUUUGAUGGAGGUUCUGCUCGUACAUCUGUUAGUACCUACACAUCUGAACAUGGUACUUACAGUGAAGCACAAACUGAGACAACUCUUGUUCCUGAAGAUGAUACUGUUCCAAUGUCAUAUGAUACUGCUCCUGUUGAAGCUAGUGCUGCUAUACCUGGAGGUAGUGAAGUGAUGGCAAAACAAGUGAAUAGAAAGGAGAAACAACCAAAAUCAUCCACAAGCAAAAAAGAGACUACUGGAGCUAUUGGGGGAGGAGCUGCUAAAGAGCCGAUAUAUUCAGAUUUAGGAGUAGCUCCUCCAACUGGUACUAAGGCAUUACCACAAACUGAAGUGGCAUCAGUCAAAUAUGCUGACAUUGAAUUAGUGAGGCCUAAACUAAAAGUACCUCCAGCUCAGUCUUAUGAUGAUGUGGUAGUAUCUACUGCUAGUGGUACUACUGUAAUUGGAGCUACUGGAGGAGAUACUAAUCCACCACCAAUACCUGAUAAGAAAAGUAAAGGAGCUACUACUACUGGACAAGAAGGUACCAAUGGUGGAAAUGAUGCUGCAAGGAAUUUACCACAUCAUGUUAAUGAUGAUUCAAAUUUUUCCUUGGCUCCUCCUUCCCGUCCUCCUCCUCUGCCUCCUCACGCAAGUGUAGAGGGAAGGAGGGAAGGAGGGACCUCUACUGUUGCAACUUACUUGUAAUGCGUGCUAAACAAAAACUGUGUGCUUACUUAUUCAAUAUAUUUAGAUUAGAACUGAGUUAUAUUAUGUUACACUUCAGUUUGAUUGGUGAUUUGUAUUUCUUUUUUUAUUUUUACUUUUAUAAUAAUUAUUGUCAGUCGUGUGCUUUGAUCAUUAAUUUAUUAGUGAUCACGCCCUGUUUAAUA